AUGUUUGAGUUUAUUCCGAGUUGCGACUUCGCGAAGCCGGGUGAACUCUGCGAGGGCAUGUUCGACAUUGGGGCCGAGGGGUCGCCCGAGACUCCCAUCUGCGGUACUAGAAACGAUUUGGGCAAUUGUCUAACUCGAAGUGUCUACAGGAAAAGUAUGCCGACGACGACGUCUACAAGCAGGAUAGCCGCAACAACAGCACCCAGCUUUGAGUCUACCUAUUCCCAGGUUGGCCUGUGGCAGCAUGCUGGGCCGUGUGAAGUGCUCGACGGAUGCUUGCGCAGCCCGAAUUUCCCAGCUGCCUAUGGUGUGAACGAGUCCUGCAUAGCAUCACUGCCGGACUUCUUCGUGGUGAAGGUUGUAUCCUUCGCAACAGAGAGCUUCGAAGAUCUCCUUACCGUGUCUGGUAGGUCUUACAGUGGUCCACAGUGGUUGGGUCCACAGCUCGUGGUAGUCCACUCCCAAAUAUUUUGGCAUUCUGGCGGGACAGCAGCUGAUUCAGAUAGAGGUUGGGAACUGUGCAUCGAGGAUCUGCCUUCGUGCGCAGAUGGCUUGCCACUCAUGCCGGUCUCCAUUCCAGACUGCCCUUUGGGGACGCAAGCCUUGCCAGACUGUCAGAACGCUGCUCCGGGCGAGUUUUGCGAGGGUGAUGGAAGCUGUGGCACGCGAACCGACAUUGACAAUUGCUAUGACAGCAGCUUCACCCACCCCCCUACGCGCGAUGUGUACAGAAAGAACCAAGCAGCAAAUGAGACAAUGCAGCAUGAACAUACAACUGUCAAUUUCACCAGCGCAACCACGACAACAUUUGGGGACCAUGGAACUCCAUGGCAGCAUGCUGGGCCGUGUGAA